GUUUCCAGGUGUUAGCUGUCGCUACUCGCUACCUCUCUGUCGCUGGAAGGUGAGGUGUGCUGCAGCGGGAACUCGGUGAGAGAGAGAAAGGCGCAACAUCACGAUACGAAGAUCCAGCGAUUCUUGAGAUACCCAACCCCCCACGACGAUCGCCUGUCCUUAUUCCGGCGAACGCUAUAUUACCUCACUUCACGACUAAGGCGCUCUAAUUUCUGGACGACACAACCUUGUGAAGCCGCAUACCUAUCCUCGAACCGAACAAGCGCAACCCGAACCCCUUCGAAGCCAGAUUCCCACAAGCAGCCCUCGUCCACGCAUGCCGCGCCGGCGAUAGAAAGUAUCUUACAAUCAAGAGCGCAAGACCAGAACCAAGAAAUAGAAGGAAAGAAACGCCGCGCGCUCACACGACGCAACAAUGUCAUACUACUUCGCCAUCGUCGGCACGCAAGACAACCCCCUCUUCGAAUACGAAUUCGGCACCUCAAAGCAAGGCGGCGACGGCCAGUCGCGCUUCAACGAGCAGGUCCGCCACCUGAACCAGUUCAUCCUGCACAGCAGCUUGGAUAUUGUGGAGGAAGUACAGUGGGCGCAGGGGCAAAUGUACCUCAAAAUCGUAGACAAGUUCUUCAACAACUACGUCUCCUGUUUCGUCACGGCGGGCAACGUCAAAUUCCUCCUCCUGCACCAGCCCUCCGCGCCCUCCACCACGGCGUCCUCGCGCUCGUCGACAGCCAUCGGCGCCAACCCCACCAGCCCCGCGACCGAGGAGGCCAUCAAGAAUUUCUUCCAAGAGGUGUACGAGAACUGGGUCAAGGCCAUCAUGAGUCCGUUUUACAGGGUCAAUAUGGAAGUCAAGAGCCCUGUGUUUAGGUCACGAGUUGCGGCGGCGGGCAGGAAAUAUCUCUAGACAUUGGAGGAGCCAUGGGGUGGACGAGGUAGACCAAGCGAGUCAUAGUUUACAGCAGGUUGCAGUCUAGACUCGCAUUAUUCAGAGUGGAUCACUUCACAACACGUAAACAAGACACGC